CGUGGUUUAUCAUAUUAUUAUAUCAGGAUAGUAAUCAUAUUGUAGUCGGUUGUGCUUGUGAGUCGUUGUAGGCUGUAGAGCACUUAGGUAGUAGAUACCUAUCGGCCAAUUGGAUAAUAACAUUUACCCCAAUUGUACUAGUUUAAUAAAAUUUCUUAUUGGCAUAGACUACUAUUAUAGUAUUAAUAUUUCAUAUUCCAAAUUACUUUAAAUCCAUGUUAAUGUAGUCAUUUAAUUACAAUUUAUUGCAUCAAAACUUAUUUUGAAAUUUUAAACUAUUAUUUUUAUUAAAUACACAGCAUAAUUUUCAGAACUUGAUGCACAUUAAUGAAUAUUUUUAAUUUAUAAUUCGUACAUCAACAAUUAUUAAUUUAUUUUUGAACAUUAUAUUUUCAUUAAGAAACUUAUAAUGUCUCUAGAAACUGUUGAACAUGCUUUAGCUGAAUUCUAUUGCAAUCAAAAUGUUGAAGUUCAUAAAAUUUUGUUAGAUUUCCAAAACUCUGUAGAUGCCUGGAACCUUGUUUGGAAUAUGUUAGAUACAUCUAAACCUCAUGAAAUACAAUUUUUUGGUGCCACUACACUUCAUAUUAAAAUUACCAAACAAUGGUCACAAUUGAAACGAUCUGAUUAUGUGCUUCUUAGAGAUAAAAUAUUGGAUACCCUAAUUAUAUACUACAAUUCUACAGGACCGUCGAAUGUAAUAAAUAAGCUAUGUUACUGUCUUUGUGCAUAUGUAGUCCGUACAGUACCGAAUCAUUGGCCAGAUGCAAUUCCACAACUGAUGGAAACAUUUAGAAAUUCUCUGUCUCAAUCAUCAAUAAAUGUCAGCGUUAUGAUUUUAGAAAUACUAAUGGCUUUACCAGACGAGUUUGGUGCAACAACAUUAAUUCAAACACGACGGAAUGAAGUAAGGAGAGAACUUCAACAGUCUUCUUUACAAGUUUUAUCUAUUGUGGAUAGUAUUCUUCAGAGUGACAGUUUGGACCCAAUCGUAGUGCAUGCAUUAAAAUGUGCUGCAUCUUGGUUAGAUAUAGGUUUUGAUCUUAUCAAAUGUCAUCAACUCACGGAUACAUUUAUAUCUGUAAUUUUAAACCCUGAAAGAAGUCAAGCAUGUGUUUUAUUAGCUAUUGAUGCUUUAAAAUCAUUAUGUACACACCCUCGUACAUCUGUAUGUGAGGCAACUGUAUUUGAAGUUUUAAGUAAAGUGAUAAUAUUAUCUGAUAAAUUAUUUCAUUUAGAAAUUACAGAAGAGCCGAAUGUUGUAGUAGAUAAACUUUUUGAUCUAUUUUUGGGUAUUGGUGAUCAACAUUUUCGCCCAAUAGUCCAAGGCCUCCUAAAUGAUAAUACCAGAGAACUAUGUACAAAAUUUUUUAAUUUAUAUUUAACUUGUACAAAUGCACCUGGAUAUUAUCCUGUAAAUGAAAAUUAUAGCGAGAAGACAUUUACAUUUUGGUUUUUAUUACAAGAUGAUUUGUUAUCAAAUGAUGCCGGUCCAGAUAAUACAUUACUAACUAUUGUUAAGCCAUUAUAUAUAUCUUUAACUCAAGUCCUAUUAAAAAAAGUUGCUUACCCUGAAAAUUUAGAAUCGUGGACUCCAGAUGAAAGAGAAUUAUUUCGAUGUUAUAGACAAGAUAUAUCUGAUACCUUUACUUAUUGUUACUUCAUCUUACAGUCUGAGAUGUUAGAUGUGCUGUUAACAAUCUACAAACAAGUAACAUGUGACCGUGAAACAGCAAUUGCUCAAUGGCAAACAGUUGAGGCAUGUUUAUAUGCUUUUACUGCAAUUGCAGAACCUCUUCAAAACCACGACUCUCAUCCUCAUAUACAACAAUUAAUGUCGUCCCUAGGUUCAUUACCAUAUGAACAAAUAGAUCAAAAAGCUGCCGUAGCUGCAAUGGAUACUAUUGGAGCAUAUUAUUAUUGGAUGGAAACGAAUCCGUCCUAUUUAGAUUUAAUUGUACCUCUACUAAUGAUGGGUCUUCAUAAUAGUAAUAUGUUUUCCUCAGCAUCUAUUGCUCUCAGAGAUAUAGCUAAAGAAUGUAGACAAUCCAUAGCUCCUUACAAUGAUGUUAUACUAAAUACUGCAAUGAUUGCAUUAAAACAAGUAAAGAAACUAAAAGAAGAACUACGUUUAAUGUACACUAUUGGAGUUAUUUUGUCAGCUAUGCCAUUUCCAAAGUGUAAACCAUCUUUGGAUAUGUUCAUUAACCCUAGUUUGGAAGUUAUAACGAGUAUAUUGGCUAUUGAGGAAAAUGCUGAAUUUAUUAAAAAUAGAUCAGUGCUCCAAAAUAGAAUUAGAGUUCUUAGUUCAUUAGUAUCAGCAAUUGAUCAGAAACAUACAGUCUACCACAUAAUAGAAACAACUACUCCUCUACUGCAUAUGGCAGCAAUGAAAUAUUUCAUUUCUUCUCCUGAAGAUAUGUUAUAUGCUGUCGUUUGUGAAUUCUUAAAAAUAAUUGUUUCCAAGCUACACGAAGACUGUUCGUUGGCUUUAAAUGUGAUUAUUGAAAUUCUUAUGAUUGGAUUUAGAAAAUCCCCACAACCUGCAGGCAUGAUACUUUUCAAAGAAAUAGUAAUUAUGUUUGGGCGACAAGAGACAUAUAUUCCACUAAUUAAAUCUACAUAUGAAGAAAUUUGUAUGAGAGUAAAAUGUAUGUUUGAACAAGUAUCUCCUGCUGAUCAAGUUAGUCUUGGUGAUGUAAUGGAGUCUUAUUUAUCUCUUCAAGGACAUAUAUUCAGAAAAUGGCCAUUUAUUGCCGUGGAUAAUCCGAAUGUAGAUUUUACAUUUGUUUUCAAACUAGCAUCUGAAGCAUUAUGUGCAAACGAGAUAUUUCUAGCAAAAACAGCAACAUUCUUUUUGACCGCAUUUAUAAGUACAAGCAGGGAAAAAAGAUCUUUAUUCAAAGUUAUAGAAGAUAAUGGUCAAUUCCUUGUUAUGAAAAUAAUAUGUAUUAUUAUUAAUUUUCAUGAUUUAUGUAUAGAAGGUGACGUAGUAAAAACAAAUUUGGAUAUUAUGUGUGAAGUUUUGUUAAUGUUAAAUAAAAAGUACAGUGAACAUUUAAGAAGAUGGUUUCACGACAUAGUAACAGUACAAAAUAUUGUUUUACCAAAUGUUACGGAAGAUAUGAAAUCCAAAUUUUUCAAACGUGUACUUAAAGAAAAAAGUAACAAAAAAGCUUUACAAGGCGCAGUCAGAGAAUUUUCAUUUAUAUGUCGAGGUUUAAUUCAAAUAGAUCCUUAAACAGAAUCAUAAAUAGAUAUACUCAAUUCAUUAAAAGCUGCCUUCAAGUCUGUACAUUCAGUAGCCAAGUAUGGCCGCCGUUCUUCUUUGCCACCAUGUUCCUUCACCUGUGCAGCUCUCCACCGAGCC